UUGUUUUCAUUUAAAUAUUAUUUCGUGUUAAAAUUUUAAAACAAAACUAUAAUGGAAGGCAAAAUGUCGUUAACCCGAGCCCGCGAGCUUCGCUGCAAAGUAAUCCAGACAUAAAGGUCCAAAAUCCAAAAACCACCCAAGCAAGAAUCGCCAGAUUCCGACCCACCCAGUCCUCCCAAGGUCAAAACCCGAAACCAUCGAACCGGAAGCAGUUGACAUUUCCCAUUCUCUCUUCCUCUCUCCCGCGCCCCAGGCUGCCGCCACCGUAAUCCAAUCAUGGAAGAGAACCAAGGGAGCUUAUCAAAGCCAGUGGCGGUGAUGGCCUGCACCGCCAUGACAUUGUUUUACGUUGCUAUCCUUUAUGCUCCUACUUUGAUCCUCCGCCUUCCGCCUCCCCAGUCCUUCAAGAAUUUCAUGAUCCGACGAUUCGUUUGUGCCGCCGUUUCUUCCGUCGCGUCCGUUAUCUUCGUUCCUCUUAUCCUUCCAAUAAGGAGUCUGGAGGCAUCUUUUUUAUUUGGGGUUUAUGGCAUUCGAUCGGAUCAUCUUUGGCAAGCGGUGGUCUUUCCUCUUUUCUUGACUUCUCUUAUGUAUGUUGGAUCUUUGAUGCUCAAGUCUAUCUUAUUGGUGAAUAAAUGGAAUCAGCAUAGGAAUCAAGAUGGCAGGCCAUUGUUCGAUUAUAUCAAAAGUACCGUCCUAAGCUUCCCCAGCCAGAUGUCAUCAGUUGCUUCCAAUGUUUUAUUCUGGCGAAAUUUUGUUGUGGCACCAUUAACAGAGGAGUUGGUGUUUAGAGCGUGUAUGAUUCCUUUACUUCUUUGCGGGGGAUUUAAAGCGUACAAUGUCGUUUUUGUCUGCCCUACUUUCUUCAGUUUAGCUCAUUUGAACCAUAUGAUGGAGAUCUAUAGCCGGCAAAACUAUAGCUUGCUUAAAGCCUCAAUGGUUGUAGGUCUCCAGCUGGGCUACACUGUGAUCUUCGGUUCCUAUGCUUCAUUUCUCUUCAUUCGAACAGGGAACCUUGUUGCUCCUUUAGUUGCCCAUAUAUUUUGCAAUUAUAUGGGAUUGCCAGUGUUGUUUGUACAGAGGAAAGGGCUAGUUAGCGUGGCAGUUGUAGCUGGAAUGAUAUCCUUUGCAUGGCUUCUGUUUCCUAUAACACGGCCUGAUUUGUACAACAACAGAACAAAUAAUUGCAGAUGUUGGCAAGGAUAUUGUUCAUGGAGUUAA